CUUUCCUAAUAAUCUCCAUACUGUUGUUUCCAACUCAUGAAUAGAUAUUCAGGGGCACAAUAAGGGGUGUCAAGAAGAAAAAAGAUUAUUCCUUUCACCCCAUACAUAAACAUCUUGUAAGUAGUUGGAGUAUUUUAUUUGUAUCUUUAAAAAAGCUUAAAGUUCUACUUUUGUCCAGAAAGAGAAACAUUUAAGAAACAAACAAAUGAGCCUAAAGAUCUUAACAACCAGUUCCUUUUCAGUUGUUUCAGCUUGAGUAUAAUUAAAAUCAGCGCUGUCACAUUAAUUGAUUUGUAUAUAUGUUUUCUGGAUUUAUUAGAAGCUAUAUUAUGUGGUUUUCUUCCUGUUUGUUUAAAUGAUGUUUGAUAGUUCAAAUUAUUUCUCAAACUCCAGACCUAUUUUUUCUCUCCUUUUGCUGAAAGGAUAGUGAGGAGUCAUGAGUGAUGAUGAUGAAACCACAGCUCUUGUCUGUGAUAAUGGUUCUGGGCUUUGUAAGGCUGGAUUUGCAGGAGACGAUGCUCCCCGGGCUGUCUUUCCAUCUAUUGUUGGGCGACCUCGGCACCAGGGAGUUAUGGUAGGGAUGGGCCAGAAAGACAGCUAUGUUGGGGAUGAAGCACAAAGUAAACGAGGAAUUCUGACCCUGAAAUAUCCCAUUGAGCACGGUAUUAUCACAAACUGGGAUGACAUGGAAAAGAUUUGGCAUCAUUCUUUCUACAAUGAACUUCGUGUUGCCCCUGAAGAGCAUCCUGUGCUGCUCACAGAAGCUCCUUUAAAUCCCAAGGCUAAUCGAGAGAAAAUGACUCAGAUAAUGUUUGAAACAUUCAACGUACCAGCAAUGUACGUGGCCAUUCAAGCCGUUCUCUCCUUGUAUGCGUCUGGACGAACUACUGGAAUUGUUCUAGACUCUGGAGAUGGGGUGACACAUAAUGUACCUAUCUAUGAAGGUUAUGCCCUGCCACACGCUAUCAUGAGACUAGAUCUGGCCGGAAGAGAUCUCACCGAUUAUCUCAUGAAAAUUCUUACAGAGAGAGGAUAUUCUUUUGUUACUACAGCGGAGCGUGAGAUUGUGCGAGAUAUUAAGGAAAAGUUAUGCUAUGUGGCUCUGGAUUUUGAAAAUGAAAUGGCUACUGCUGCUUCUUCAUCUUCUUUGGAGAAGAGCUAUGAACUUCCCGAUGGCCAAGUUAUCACAAUUGGCAAUGAAAGGUUUCGAUGCCCUGAAACUCUCUUCCAGCCAUCCUUCAUCGGAAUGGAAUCUGCUGGGAUCCAUGAAACAACUUAUAACAGCAUAAUGAAAUGUGAUAUUGAUAUCCGUAAAGAUCUUUAUGCCAAUAAUGUGCUUUCUGGAGGAACUACCAUGUACCCUGGUAUUGGUGAUCGUAUGCAGAAAGAAAUCACAGCACUGGCUCCAAGUACUAUGAAAAUUAAAAUAAUUGCACCUCCAGAACGUAAAUACUCUGUUUGGAUUGGCGGUUCCAUAUUAGCUUCUCUGUCAACUUUCCAGCAAAUGUGGAUCAGCAAAGAUGAAUAUGAAGAAGCUGGUCCUUCCAUUGUCCAUCGCAAAUGCUUUUGAUUAUGAGUAUCCAUCGCAAAUGCUUUUGAGUAAUUUACCAUAAGGGUUCCCUUGUAAUGUCUCAUUAUUUUCUUAGCGAGAGAGGGUGUAUUUUAGGGUUUUUUUCCCACACUUCUAAAAA